UGUCAAUCAGAUUGCCGUUCGCUGGUGUUUGGGGUUACUGUGUGUCAGAUGGUGGGAUGAGGUGACGUUGAAAAUUAAUGUUUUGGUUGGGCUGAGCCUUCAACUGAGCUCGGGAUACUGCAGUCUGUAUUGUUAUUUUGACCCCCAAAGAGCUCGGUUUUUAGAAAUAUAUUAAUUUUUGUUUUGUUUUUUGUUAAUGGCUCAGCAAUGCAGAGCGGCAGCGUUGAGGCAAAUACUAAUGUGGGACUGGUGAGGCAAAUUUUAACUCUUAGUUUAGCCCCAAGAGAAAAUGGCACCUUGUGCUCCAACGAAACGGCGCUGUGUGAGUUCUCAGAGAUGUGGUACGGUGUGUUCCUGUGGGCGGUGGUCUCCUCCCUGGUCAUCCACCUGCCAGCAGGGCUGCUGGCCCUCUUCACGCUCCGACACCACAAGUACGGCAGGUUCAUGCCGGUGUCCAUACUGCUGAUGAGUAUCAUUGGGCCAGUCUUCGGAGGAAGCCUAACCAGUGCCGCGAUUGCCGGGGUCUACAGAGCAGCGGGGAAAGGAAUGAUCUCUUUGGAAGCUCUCAUUCUAGGUGUCGGACAGUCCUUUUGUGUCCUGGUUAUUUCAUUCUUGCGGAUUUUGGCGACGCUAUAGCAUUCGGCUGUGCAAUUAAUCGCAAGUGAAGAUAAGUUGCACACAAGUCUUAAGAUGUCCAGUGCUAUGAGAACUAAGGGGCUUGCCCUUUUAAAAAGCAUCCAGUGCAAUCGCAUUAGCCCAAUAAGAGGCCUUCUUUCUAAGCCAGAGUGCAGCUUUGUUUUUAAUGGCAAAGCUGUGCUGGGCAGCUCAUGAAACCCUCUUUUAAGUUUAGAUUUUCUUUUUUUUUUUAACUUUCAGUAAACGGGCAACUAACACCUCUGUUUAAAGGACUGCUUGCACUUUAAAUACAGCCUAUUCAAUCCAAGUUGAUACCUCAUUGCCAGCAAGCAUUCCGAAAGGCUUAAUACUGACCAGCAUAACCGUUCCACAAGUCUCUUUUUUUGUGGCACUGCUUAUCAAACUUCAGAAGGUAUUGCUGUUCUGCAGUAUUGGCCACAAAGAACUUCAACGUGCAACUAAGAAUGGCUAAAAAGAGACUUCAGUGUGUCUUGAAGCAGCGGAGACACUUCAGUGGUGACUAUUUGCUAAAGGGGGCUCUGCUAGCAACAAAAGCUGAGUGUGGUUUUAUUCUUUGCAUACCUAUAGAUUGAUUAAGGCUACAUGGUUCAAUGUGUCCCAGCAUGAUACAGUACAAGUUUUCAUUCCUGUUCACAAAAAUAAAUAGUAACUUCAGUGUAAAGUUGUUGCAAAAAAGGAGGGGGGGGGGCUUUAACAUUUCCUACAGUGACCCCUUUAUCACGCAGUAGUCGGGAACCAUGGGUAAAGAGGCCAUGGAAUUUGUGCUCUGUCCACUCGCAGGAGGGUAAGCUACCCUUGCCUUGGUUCUCUUCCACUUGUGCUGAUAAUUAAGCAAUAACUUGAGGUCUCACUAAAUGGGACAAGUGCUGUGGACUGACCCUGGGUUCUACUAAAUAGUCAGCUAUGUGAACAGAAUCUUUUUAUUUUAUGUUUGUAGUACAGUGAAGGAGAGAGAGGUUCCACCUGUCAUGUAUUAUACAUUUCCUUUUUACGCAAGACCCCUUGCUGUCAUACAGGACUACAGCUAGGAGCCUAAGGACAACGUUUCAUGCCUGCCAAGGUUAUCCUGAAAGAGAAAGUGGAGUUGAAUAUUUUGUGACUUUGGCUUAGUGUAACAUCAAUUCAAAAACAACCUGAUUUGUAAAAUAUCUACACUCGGGACUUUGUCAGAAUCGAAAUAGAUUGGAGUUUUAUUUAUUUAUUUUAUGCUAAAGUUUUGGUUGUAAGGGGAGCUGUAACAGCAGGGAAGCUGUGUGCAGCUGAACACCUUUCCUGGUUACUGCAAGCUGGUUACUCUGGUAAAACCAAAUGCAGUCAUUUCCAGGACCUACCCAAUCAAAUGCUAGCUUUGAACACCAAUUAUAGUCACUAAAUUGGUGUGUUUUUAAUUAUAGUCACUAAAUUGGUGUGUUUUUAAUUUAUGGCAAUCAAAAUCAAACGUAGCUGUUGAUCAAGAAACAAACGGUUCUUGUUGCUCCCUUCUUUCUGACAGAAGACAGAGACUUUGUGAAAGGCUUUGUGACGAUCAUUUUAUUAUGUUGCUGUGUAGUUCUUGUUUCCGACAUUUACUGGCACCUAAUCUGAAGAACAUGCCUGUUCAUGAAUCCUUGAGGCGAAGAAUCGUGUUAAACCGUAAAUCUGGUUCAAAUGAAGCUACUUUGUCUGUAGCUAUUACAACUGCAGAAGGGUCCAUAUGAUUCCUUAAAUGCAACUGGGAACAUUGUUUAAUGCACGGGAGAUACACUGAGCCCAUUGUUUUAAUUGCAGGUGCACAAAUCUAACCAACAUCCACCCUUAGGGGGUGAAUCUCUGUUCGCUCUUGGACAAAAAAAAAAAACCUGGCAUGAUUACUGUACAGUGCUUCAGCGACCAGAGAACAACUGGUCAUCAUUGGAGUAAAAACUAGUUUUAAAACUAAUUCUGUGCUAUUCUUUUAUGCUGUAAUUUGCAGUGGCCUGCUUUUUUUGUUUUUUUUGUUUAAUAUAUUGAAGAAAUUCUGUAUUUUAACACUGUUGUGAUAUGCGUGACUUUUGGGGGAGGGGGUUAUGGCAGAUUAUUUUUUAUUUUAACACACUUAAGUGCCAAUUGUUUCUGUUAACAUUAAAUAACGUUUGAAUAAUAA